AUGUCGUCCCGACCUCACAAACAAUCCAUGUCCGAGCUCAAGCUCCGCCGUUUGACGGAACACAACCAGAGGCUCAAGGAGGAUCUGAACAGGCCCAGGAUCAGGGUCAGCGAGGCUAGCAAUUCCUUGAUCAGGUACUGUCGAGCUACCAAGGACCCCCUUCUCCCUUCCGUCUGGGGUUCGUUGGCCAAGGGCGAAGACCCUUACGCACCUCCUCAGCAAGGGUGUUGCUCCGCUUACAGGGCAAGGUAG